AUGAAGACAGUAAUGCGUCUCUGUAGCCCUAUCAAUGGCAUUAUCAGCCGCUCCAAACCAUCGCGACGGCCCAUUACCUCCUGCCCCCUGCACCCCUAUCAACACAGACAUACAAGCUCCCUCUCAUCCCCAUCACCACCACGCACAUUCCCCACAACAGGGUACGAACUCCUCAAUCACAUCCCCAAACUAGAAGAAGAAUCUCUACCCGACUACCGAGCCGAGCGAUUCUACCCCGUCCACCUCGGUGAAGUCUUCAAUUCCCGAUACCAAGUCAUCACCAAACUCGGCUUCGGAUCCUCAUCCACCGUCUGGCUAUGUCGUGAUCUACAAACCAACAACUACCUAACCCUAAAACUCCACAUCCGCAGCACCCAACACACCCACCUCCUGGAGAUCCGCAUAUCCAAACACCUACAAGCCUUCCACACCAAAGCCGACCAUAGUAAACAUGUAGGCCAGAAAUACACCCGCCUCGUCUACGACUCCUUCGAGAUCCAAGGUCCCCACGGAAUCCACCCAUGUAUUCUCUACCAGCCAUCCGGAAUGGACAUCUGCGAUUACAUCCAGUGUCUCGAAGGCAACGCAUUACCGGAGGAUCUCCUCCGCGUUACCAUCCGGUUUCUGCUCAUUGCGCUAGAUUAUCUUCAUUCGGCUAAUGUAGUUCAUACAGACAUCCAACCAACCAACAUCCUCCUAGGCAUCGAAGACACCUCAAUCCUCACCGACCUAGAAGAGGAAGAACUCAACGAGCCUGCUCCGCGGAAAACCCACCUUCCGGAUAAUAGAACGAUCUACGCUACGCGCGGAAUGCCCUUCACAACCGGGGAACCUAUGCUCACUGAUCUGGGGGAGGCGAGAUUAUUACCCCCGCCUGAUACAGGCACACAGACUGGUUCUAUCAUGCCCGGUUUAUAUAGAGCUCCGGAAGUAAUGCUUAAUAUGGAGUGGGAUGAGAAAGUGGAUAUAUGGGCUUUAGGGCAGACGGCAUGGACGCUACUCCAAUCGAACCACCUCUUCACCAAUACCCCUCACCUGCUUACACAGGAUGACCAUGCUCGUCGCUUCGCAGAGAUGAUAGCCCCGCUUGGGCAUCCGCCUGUUGAGUUUCUGGGUGGUCGGAGUGAAGAGAGUUGGAGGUUUUGGGAUCGAGAUGGUAAGUGGAAGAGUCACGUAGGAAUUCCUGGAGGAUGUCUGGAUGAUCGAGUGACGCGACUCGAGGGCGACAGGAAAAGACUGUUUCUGCGGUUCCUGCGGAAGACGUUGAGCUGGGUUCCUGGGGAGAGGCCGAGUGCGAGGGAGUUGUUAAUGGAAGAUGAGUGGGUGAGGGGGGAGGAUUAUUGA